GGCUAUUUUUACGCGCGGACACCGGACACCGGGCUGGGGCUGGGGCUGGGGCGGCGGCGUUGGCCGAGGCGGGGCCGCACCGGGGCCGGGCAUCGGGGCCACACGUCCGUUCGCGGGUCGCUGGGGCUGCGCGCGCCAUGGAGCCGCGGUGCCCGCCGCCGUGCGGCUGCUGCGAGCGGCUGGUGCUCAACGUGGCGGGGCUGCGCUUCGAGACGCGGGCGCGCACGCUGGGCCGCUUCCCGGACACUCUGCUAGGGGACCCCGCGCGCCGCGGCCGUUUCUACGACGACGCACGCCGCGAGUACUUCUUCGACCGGCACCGGCCCAGCUUCGACGCCGUGCUCUACUACUACCAGUCGGGCGGGCGGCUGCGGCGGCCGGCGCACGUGCCGCUCGACGUCUUCCUGGAGGAGGUGGCCUUCUACGGGCUGGGCGCGGCGGCCCUGGCGCGCCUGCGCGAGGACGAGGGCUGCCCGGUGCCGCCUGAGCGCCCCCUGCCCCGCCGCGCCUUCGCGCGCCAGCUGUGGCUGCUCUUCGAGUUUCCCGAGAGCUCGCAAGCCGCGCGCGUGCUCGCCGUAGUCUCGGUGCUGGUCAUCCUCGUCUCCAUCGUCGUCUUCUGCCUCGAGACGCUGCCUGACUUCCGCGACGACCGCGACGGCCCGGGACUUGCUGCCGUAGCCGCAGCCGGCCCGUUCCCCGCUCGGCUGAAUGGCUCCAGCCAAGUGCCUGGAAAUCCACCCCGCCUGCCCUUCAAUGACCCGUUCUUCGUAGUGGAGACGCUGUGUAUUUGUUGGUUCUCCUUUGAGCUGCUAGUACGCCUCCUGGCCUGUCCAAGCAAGGCGAUCUUCUUCAAGAACGUGAUGAACCUCAUCGAUUUUGUGGCUAUCCUGCCCUACUUUGUGGCACUGGGCACCGAGCUGGCCCGGCAGCGAGGGGUGGGCCAACAGGCCAUGUCACUGGCCAUCCUGAGAGUCAUCCGAUUGGUGCGUGUCUUCCGCAUCUUCAAGCUGUCCCGGCACUCAAAGGGCCUGCAAAUCUUGGGCCAGACGCUUCGGGCCUCCAUGCGUGAGCUGGGCCUCCUCAUCUUUUUCCUCUUCAUCGGUGUGGUCCUCUUUUCCAGCGCGGUCUACUUUGCCGAAGUCGACCGGGUGGACUCCCAUUUCACUAGCAUCCCUGAGUCCUUCUGGUGGGCGGUGGUCACCAUGACUACAGUUGGCUAUGGAGACAUGGCACCUGUCACUGUAGGUGGCAAGAUAGUGGGCUCUCUGUGUGCCAUUGCUGGCGUGCUGACCAUUUCCCUGCCUGUGCCCGUCAUUGUCUCCAAUUUCAGCUACUUUUAUCACCGGGAGACAGAGGGCGAAGAGGCUGGGAUGUUCAGCCAUGUGGACACGCAGCCUUGUGGCCCACUGGAGGGCAAGGCCAAUGGGGGGUUGGUGGAUGGGGAGGUACCUGAGCUACCACCUCCACUCUGGGCACCCCCAGGGAAACAUCUGGUCACCGAAGUGUGAGGGACAGUUGAGGUC